AUGCAAUCAUUCAACGAUCAAGCAUUAUACGAGAAUAGGAAUAAUGAGACCUCCAUCGAGUUCAAGAACCUCAUGGAUACACAGGUUAAUGACCAACAAUACUUUAUGAGCCGUCCGAAUGGCGCUAAUAUAAGGAGACUGGAACAUCAUAUGUCACAGACACAUGCUUUUCAGAAUGUGAUGUGUGAGCCACCUCGCCCAACAGGAUUCCUAAUGAACUUUAUCUUCCUCUUCCAUCCAAUCCUGCUCUACCUCUUCGUGUUGCCUGCACUACUCACCUUUUGGGUGUUGUUCAUCACCGAAGCCAAAGCCAUGAAGCCCUACUUCUACAUCGUCUUCCUGGCCGUGCCCCUAGUCUUCCAAAUAAUCCUACUCAUCUAUCACUCCAGAUCAAUGAUAUUCCUGAGUUAUGGUCGUCAAGCUGUAUCCAUGAAGUACCACCAGCACUAUCAUGAGGAUGAACGUUAUCAAUUGGUCGACUUGCAUUCACAAUCAGUUGUGGCUCUGUUGGACAAACGUGUUCAGGAUGAGAAUGCAUUGUAUCUGUAUCUGCCUGUGACUAAUAAGGUGUUCAACAUGACAUACUAUGAGUCGACAUUCCAAGUCAAUGCUAUUGGUCAUUGGCAAGUGACAUUCACAUGGAAGGCAUUGCUCAGUGUAUUUGUAUUCGGCAUGCUCGUUGCAGAGUUUGUCCUGCUCUUUGUCCUUCGCAAUUGGUUCAUGGUACUGUUCGCCUAA